AUGAAGCCGCGCGCUGGACCCAGCUCAGGGGCAAGUCAGCGAUUCGAUCCGCUCAAGCUGCUGUCGGAGAUUCAAGCCGAACCGACCACCUCAGCCGCCGCUGCCGAUUCUACUGCAAGCGAUGCUGGAGGACAGGACGCAGACGAAGACGAUGACUUUAUGUCGAACAAGUUCCUGGUCACGUCGGAAGAGAAGCAGCCGCUGACGUAUACCGAUAAGCGUCGACGAUUGGAGGCGCACCACGCGCGCAAGACACGCAAGAGUCUAAGCCAACAAGAGGAGGAGGCACGGCAACAGGGGCUCGAUCGCGAUCUGCUCGCCGAGGCCGAGAUCGUGGCUGGCGGCGGCACGCUGCCACCUGAAGCAAGCGACGGAACGCGCAGGUGGGAGCUUAUACAGGAGAGAGAAAGUCAGCAUGGAAAUGCUACGGCGUCAGAGGGGCUCGAUGGCACGUCCAAGGCGAUGAAGAUGAUGCUCGCCAUGGGGUAUCGGCGUGGAGAGGCGCUCGGAAGACGGCAGAGAGGCGGCAGCCAAGAAGUCGAAGAGGAGGAGGAAGAAGACGACGACGAUCAAGACGAGGGAAGCACCGAGGUCAAGUCAGCAGCAGGUAGGACGCGAGGUCCACCAGACGAUACGGACGCCGAAGGCCUCGAUACGGACGAAGAAGAUGCCGCACGUCGCGAGAGGGACGACUCGGACGCGCGCGAAGAAGACGAGUACCUGACCGGUGGCGUUUCAUCAGCGCCAUUCUCCCUGCAAACCGGCCCCUCUGUGACAUCCACCGGUCUAACGGAGCCGCUUCGUCCGGACCAGCGCUGGCUUGGCCUGCACCGACGCGCAGGAAUCGGCAUGAUCCCACCAACCAAGCCGGACGUUUCUGCCGCCAUCCUUUCCGCAUCCUCCUCGCUUCGUUCUACCGACGAUGAAGCACUCGUUGCAGACUUCCGCACCCGCGUUUCUCGCGCGCACCAGGAGCGGCACGAGCUCAACCUGCUCACACGCGCACGCAAAACCCUGAUCGACCUCGACCGCACAGCGGGCAUCGAGUACAGCCCACUCUGGCUCGACGCGCCCCUCUACCACCUUCUCUCGGGCCAUUCUGCCGACUCCAAUCCACAGACGAUCGAUGAACGAAUGCACAAAGACACCGCCUUCAAAAGCGCAGUCCACCUCCUCCAACACGCAUUCUCAGCCCAGGAUCCACAGCAGAAAGAAGCGCACAAGUUCUGCAACCUCGAUACAAAAUCCCAACUCCAGCUCGUGCUGGAUUGCCUCAGAACCAGUCAUUACUACUGCCUCUUUUGCGGUUGCUCCUACACCGACCAACAAGACCUAGCUCAACAUUGCCCCGGACAAUCCGAAGACGACCACUCCUGA